CACCGCGCGCUGCGCCGCAACGUCAGACUGCAGCAGACUGCCUCCCUCCCCUUCCUUCAUCAUCUUUCCCCUACCGAAUCCCUUUUCAACGAAAUUAUGUCGACAAACGGUCCCGCUGGACUAGGUGGAGAGAUUGUUACCAUCGUCAACAAGCUGCAAGAUGUUUUCGCCGCAGUCGGUUCUUCAUCCGCACAGAUAGACUUGCCUCAAAUAUGUGUAAUCGGAAGUCAGAGUAGUGGUAAAAGUAGUGUGCUCGAGAACAUUGUUGGAAGAGAUUUCCUUCCUCGUGGCACUGGUAUUGUGACGCGAAGGCCUUUGGUUCUUCAACUUGUUCAUCGACCCGCGACAUCAACACCCCAACAGAACGGAAACGCUGUCGCAACCCCUGGUGGUGACCCUUCUGCGAACGCGGACGAAUGGGGAGAAUUUCUGCAUCUUCCCGGCCAGAAAUUCUACGAUUUCAACAAAAUUCGAGACGAAAUUGUACGAGACACAGAUGCAAAAACUGGCCGUAAUGCAGGCAUCUCACCACAACCUAUAAACCUUCGUAUAUAUUCGAACAAAGUCCUCACCCUUACGCUCGUCGAUCUGCCUGGUCAGACGAGGGUCCCUGUCGGAGACCAACCGAAAGAUAUCGAAAAGCAGAUACGAGAUAUGCUUUUGAAAUAUAUCUCGAAACCUGCUUGUAUUAUCCUUGCCGUCUCACCUGCAAACGUAGAUCUGGCAAAUUCUGAUGGUUUGAAAUUGGCAAGGGAAGUAGACCCGGAGGGUAACCGGACAAUCGGUGUUUUGACGAAGAUAGACUUGAUGGAUGUUGGUACAGAUGUGGUGGAUAUCCUCGCCGGUCGUAUCAUCCCGUUGAGAAUGGGAUAUGUUCCUGUUGUCAACCGUGGUCAGCGCGACAUCGACUCAGCGAAGUCAAUUGCAAAGGCUCUGGAUGCCGAAAGAGACUUUUUCGAAAAUCAUCCUUCAUACAAAGGCAAAGCGCAAUAUUGUGGUACCCCUUUCCUUACCAGGAAGCUUAACAUGAUCCUCAUGCAUCAUAUCCGCGCAACUCUACCCGAUAUUAAAGCUCGGAUUACCCAACAACUACAGAAAUACAGUGCUGAACUGCAAAGCCUUGGCGGGUCAAUGGCUGACAACUCCGCAAAUGUGGUGCUAUCCGUCAUUACUGAGUUCACAAACGAGUUCCGUACGGUGAUUGAUGGGAAUACAAAUGACCUAUCGCUGAACGAGCUCUCCGGCGGAGCACGUAUAAGCUUCGUUUUUCACGAGUUGUUUAAUUACGGAGUCAAGAACAUUGAUCCGUUUGACCAGGUCAAGGAUGGAGAUAUCCGCACGUUGUUGUACAACUCUUCUGGCUCUACACCAUCUUUAUUCGUAGGCACGGGUGCAUUCGAUGCUAUCGUGAAGCAGCAAAUAAAGCGAUUAGACGAACCCGGUCAGAGGUGUUGCCAGCUGGUGUACGAUGAGCUUAUUCGAAUCCUUGGGCAGCUUUUGGGCAAACUUCAAGCUUUCAAACGCUAUCCCGCUCUGAAGGACAGAUUUAACAGUGUCGUGGUGGCUUUCUUCAAGAACGCAAUGGUGCCCACAAACAAGUUGGUAGCUGACAUGGUUGCCGCGCAAGCCUGCUAUGUCAACACUACUCAUCCGGACUUUAUCAGCGGUCACAAGGCCAUGCAAAUUGUUCAGGACCGUCUAAACGCGAACAAACCCGCUACGCCUACUCCUGAUCCCAAGACUGGCAAGCUAGCUCCUGGAGCGAUCAACAACAAUCGUGAUCUGGACGUUGAGCCGAAGAAAGAGGAACCUAGUUUCUUUGGAAGCUUCUUCUCUAGUGCAAAGGGUACACAGAAGAAGAAACCUACGGGGCCACUGAUCGAAGCUCCUCCCCAGGUGAUUAAACCACAAGCAGCGUUGAAUGAGAGAGAGACUAUGGAGACGGAAGUUAUCAAACUUCUGAUUCACUCAUACUUCAAUGUCGUGAAGAGGGAGAUAAUUGAUAUGGUUCCCAAGGCCAUCACUCUCACAUUGGUGAACCACGCGAAAGAGAAUUUACAGAAAGAGUUGUUGCAGGAGCUGUAUAAACCCGAGGUGCUGGAUGAGUUGUUGAAGGAGAGUGAGUACGUUGUGAACAGAAGGAAGGAAGUUGUUGGUAUGGUGCAGGCCCUUAAUAAGGCGGAGGAGAUCGUCGCAGGUGUUUAAUCCGGUCUCGCCCAUUCUCUGUCGCUGUUCUCGUUUGUUGGACACUCUACUUCGAUAUUCAUUUCCUCGUGUGUGGAUCAUUUCUAGAACUUCUCAUGACUGCUACUGUCUGCAAGUCGCGAGCAGCGUGUUCUCGCCAUUCAUUCCUGGUCCUUAUGCUCACUCCCCUCAAUUAUCCUACCCUAAUACCCAUCCAUGAUACAUACUAGCGUAGUUGUAUAUAACGCAGGCACACUUUCAUUUCAGGUAACAUCGUGAGGGGGCUUUCGCUUUUGGC